AUGUCGGCGCCAGAGGAGCGCAGGCAACAACGUCGAGUCAAAAAGAUGAAAAAGAAGAUCGACGAGCUUAUUUCUCUUGGAAAAGCUUCUGAAAAGGAAGUUGAAGAAUUGAAAACUGCAUGCGAAGGUGCCCAACCCGCAACUUCCACACCCAUCGGUAUUCCAUGAUUGGUGAAAAAUUUGUAUUGUUCAUUGAAGCUGCGAUGUCCAGAACUGCUGUUGCGAUUACGAAAAAAUUAACAGAAGCUCGGAUAGAAAAAGUAGGAGGUCCCCAGAUUUCUUUUACGCUAUCUCGCCUCAACGGUCAUCAUAUAGGAAACUGUGGUAGGAAGUUUUUUUUUCACAACUCUAUGGCUGAAAGUAAACGUCUAGACAUUUCUCAGCUCAUCCACUACACGACCAUCGGUCCGCUGAUAUCAAAGCCUAGAUGGGCUCAAAUCCGUCCAAAUCGUUCGGCUCUUCAAACAGUUCUGGUCCGCGUCAACUGUCCUCACAACUAUAUCGUGAGCUCCGAGGGUCUUCAAUCUCUUUUUUAUUUUUUUCUUUCCAGGAAAGAGGAGAGACCGGUUUUCCGUUCAUUGAUACGUUUUUUGAGCGCGAAUGGAUAAAAACAGAUAACGAAGUAGGGGAGAGAGACAAUUUUUGGCGUAGUGUAGUAUUUGUACCCGUCUCUAUACAAGAACAAAUCAGGGAAACAGUUUUGGUUAGUGCUCUCCAAUCUCUUUCUCGGAUGUUUCCUUUGUUUUCAGAAGCAAGAACGCGCCGAUUUGGCUGGUCAGAAGGCGUCUUUGAGGCCAGAUCUUCUGAUGAGCUCCGCAGACAUGGUCGACCACUUCUAUCCGUUUCCUGACGGACAAGCGAUUAUUCCCACAAAAGAAAGGUUUUUUUCAUAACAAUAAUCAAAACUGCUCUGUUUGGCGUUCAUUUUAGUGAUGAAAGGUUUGACAAAAAGGAAACAAUAUCUUUAUGUUUUCCAUUACGCGCACAAAUAAUAUUAAAAGAAAACUAAUUUUUGUAUCGGCAUUGUAUAAUCUCAAUGAAGAUUGGGAAUAACGCAAGUAAAACUGAAAAAAUAAUUUGACUCGAAGCUUUAAUAUUUUUUUUAAAUCAAGCGUCUUUUUUGCAUGAACCAUACAAAAAAAAAGUAAUUUUCUGCUCAAGGAAUUGUUAAUGGCAAACAGUCUGUGAAUUAUCCUGAAUAAAAAGGACUCCUUGUUCUAUUUCAACGAUUGAAGACGGAAAAAGUUGAACGAUACGUUUGAAACUUUGAAGAUACGCCCCGGUGACUGCGGAUUCUCCUUUAUUCGCUCUUGACUGCGAAAUGUGCAUAACUGCUGCUGGACACCACGAGCUGACGAGGAUCUCAAUUGUUGGAUUGAUUGCGAUACUCUCAAUUUUGUCAAGUUUUCCUGCAGAUUGACGAGGGGGGUCGUGUUCUUCUUGAUACCCUCGUGAAGCCUUCGAACCGUAUAACGGUAAUUUUGUUUCAAUGCCAAUUUCCGAGUAUUUUUCUCUGAAGGACUACCUCACUCGUUUCUCGGGAAUCACCGAGGAACUCAUGCAAGGCGUCGAAGUCACCCUCGCCGAUGUGCAAAAAGUUUUUUGUUAUCUUGUUUGAUUUUCAAUUCGCAAAAUUUAGGCCAUAAAAGCUAUCCUGCCGCCGGACGCGAUUCUCGUCGGCCAUUCGAUGGAAUUCGACCUCCGAGCUCUUCAAAUGGCUCAUCCGUAGGGCCAAAAAAAGUUGGCCGCCUGUAAAUUUUCUUUGCAGCUAUUGUAUAGAUGCGACUCUUGCUUUCAAUAUUUCCGGUGCUACAAACUCGAAAAACAGUCUGCGAAAUCUGGUUUCUCUAUUUCUGGACGAAGAGAUCCAAGUGAGACUUGCUCUUUUUCUGUCCUAACUCUUCUGAUUGGAGACCGGCGAGGGCCACUGCUCUGUUGAAGACGCUUGGGCGACUAUGCGACUCAUCCAGUUGAAGUUGAAUAAAGGGUCAGUUUUCGUUGAUUCAAUAAGUCUUCAGUCUUCCGCUUCAGUUUUCUAGAAGGAAAUUUUUCUCAAACUAAUACUAAAAUUUUUUUUUCCAAAGGCAAAUUUUCGAAAGUUUUGAAAAAAUUUGUUUUUGAUUAUGUGUUCGAUAGGCUUGUAUACGGGAAUUCGAGGUUUGGCUGGGACUUCCAAGCUUUUCGGAAGGAGGCCUCGAGAGCAGAACAUAACGAAGUGGUCAAGAAAAGAAGAAAGGUCACUGUAAGGUUUGGUCAUAAUUUUAGUUUUGGAAAGAUUUGACUUUCGUAGCGGAAACCGGUUAUGCGUCGGGUGCAAAAGAAAGACCAACAUCGACUGCAUCGUCGUCGACUGUCAGUGUGCAGGAAAUGCGCCGGAAAGAUGCGUUUUCUGCUGUGGCCAGGUGGAGAGCGUUCAAGGAGAUUUCGACUGGAGGCACGUUUCAAUCGAAUUGAAAAAAAAAUAAGAUCCACUUGAUUGUCGUUAGUAUUCUUCUCUCACUUAUAUUUUGGUCAGGAAAACUUAAAUAUUUUUUCUAGGUAAUCUAACUAGGGCAUGGUCUCCGCUCGACAACGAGUUGAGAAUUGGGACUUUGUGGGUGGAUAGGCCUAGGUGAGAGUACUCGGAAUCAAGAAUUAAAUUCUGCUAAACCCCACAGGCGGCUGAGGAAAAGCUCGUCGAAAAUUUUUUCAGCGCGUAUAUGGCCGCGCUCGGAGCCUUCGGCUAGCAGGUGGCGGCGUGGUGUAGUGGGUUGUGGUCUUGUGCACUAUCAAUAUUGGGACCAUGGUUCGAAUCCUUUUGGCGGAAAUCGUUUUUGCCGGCUCAUAACUUCAUUCCUUUCUCAUUUCUGGUAUAUUUUUUUCAAAAUUUUACAUCAAAACUUGUAGAAAACUUUUAUUUCUACUACUUUUCUCAUGCCACGUUGUUCUUCUUGUAUUGAGGAGGUUAUUUCAAAAUAUUUUUGUUGGAAGACAGACAAGCGGCAGCAUAGUUAUUAAAGAUAAGCUCAUUCCGCGCAAUUUUCUGUUGGAAUUUUCGAAAAUCGCUAAAUUUUCUGACACCUGGAACGCGAAACCGAACGGAAAAGUUACUUUUUUGUUGUUUUAUUUUUAUUUUGUUUCCGUUCAGUACACACGUGUCUAAAAAGACAGGUAAUCGCUAUUCGUGAAUUGUGAAUUUUCAUAAAAAAAUAUCGUUUUUCUUAAUCGUUUGCUCAUAAAAUAGAGGAAAAAAAAAAAAAAAUUUCAGAUCAGUAUUUUAUUUUUUGUUGGGAUUUUUGUGAACUUUUAUGGUAAAAUUUUGAAAAAAAUAUCCCAAAAAUGAGAGAGGAAUAAAGUUAUGAGUCAGCAAAACGAUUUCCGCCAAAAGGAUUCGAACCAUGGUCCCAAUAUUGAUAGUGCACAAGACCACAACCCACUACACCACGCCGCCAGUUGCUAGCCGAAGGCUCCGAGCGCGGCCAUAUCCGCGCUGGAAAAAUUUCGACGAGCUUUUCCUCAGCCGCCUGUGGGGUUUCGCAGAAUUUUAUUUUUGAUUCCGAGUACUCUCACCUAGGCCUAUCCACCCACAAAGUCCCAAUUCUCAACUCGUUGUCGAGCGGAGACCAUGCCCUAGUAAGAGAGGUUAUCUGAAAUAACUUCAUACUCUGAUUUUUUUUUCACUUCUAUUUCGAAAAAGAUGCAAAAAACAUAGUGAGAGGAUUUUUUCAUAUCAAUUUAGGGAAUUAUUAAAACAAUUUAUGCUUUUCUCAAUCAAUCUUUAAAUUUUAAGCGCUUCUUUGAAAGUUGACAAAUCAACAAAAACUCGUCCGCUUUCCUAUUACAUGCAAGACACAAAGAAGACGGCUCUCUGUGCAAUUUACGACGUUCCAGAACUUUCCGUCACCGAAUCAAGAACGUGGGUUUUCGAUGCGAACAAAUUUUUUUCGAAUUAUAAAAGUCUGCAAUAUUCGCCGAAACCAUUAUUUCGAUGUAAGUAACAUUUCUAAUGAGGAAAAAGGAAUUAAAAAUUUCAUAACAAUCGAAAAAAAGAUUCAACAAGUUUUGAAACAGAUUGGAACCUCAAAAGUUUAAAAGACGGUACGAACUGAAGCGGUCUUUUAUAAAUUAGAUUGCUAUUUUGCGACAAAAAACACGAGCGAAAAGAAAGUCAAUAAGGACAAGGCUGUGUAAAAAAAAAAUAAAAAACUAGGGAACUGCUCGAGCUCGGAUACGUGUAUCACGUUGAGACUAUGGUGGCUUACAGACUUGGGUAAGAGUACUUGGAAUCAAGAGAGACCAUAUGUUAAACCCCAUAAGUUUCUGAGAAAAAGCUUCUCGAAGAAACCCAGGAUGAGUCCUGUACGCUUUUGAACCAUCCUCUCUCACCGAGGUGGGGUGUCGCAGUGGUUAGAGGGUCAGUCUCAUGAUUGACUUUUCUGAGUAGGUCCGAUUCCUGUCGAGGGCAAAUCAUUUAUGAAUUUUUUCUAAAGACGAAAUUCUUUGGAAAAGUACGAAAUCCGAAAAGAAGUUUCGUCAAUAUAGUUACUUAUUUCCGAAGUGGUUCAGGAAAAAUGUUGACAGACAUAUGACUUUCAUUCAAUCGCUUAAUGAGAGAAUAACUGAACCAAGAUAAAGAUAAUUUCAUUAAUUUUUCAUCAUCAGGUUUUUUUGUCUUCAAGGAGGAAAAAAAUCUUUAAGGAAAAAAAUUUGCCCUCCACAGGAAUCGAACCUACUCAAAAAAGUCACUCAUGAGACUGGCCCUCUAACCACUGCGACAGUCCACCUCGGUGAGAGAUGAUGGUUCAAACGCGUACUCUUCUUGGAUUUCUUCGAGAAGCUUCUUCUCAAAAGCCUAUGCGGUUUAGCAGAUAAUCUCUCUUGUUUCUAAGAGCUCUUACUCAAGUCUAUAAGCCACCGUAGUUUCAACUUGAUACGCGUACUCGAGCCCAAGUAGUUUACUAGUAAGAGAAAAAGUCCAGAAAAGCCUCGUUGGAAUCUUUUUUCCUUUUUUAAAUUAUCAUUCUCCAUCAUUUCUGUUUGAUUUUUUUUUUUAUCAUAGUCUCUUUUCUCAAUUUAUAUAGGAACAUUAACAGUCCGGAUUUUUUUUUUCUCAAAAAGUAGGAAACGUCGAAAUUUUUUUAAAAAAAUUCUAAUUUUUAAUGGAAAUGACAUACCUGAAAUGGGAAAAAAUCGCUGAUGGAAAUUCCGCUAACUUGUAAUUCGUACCGUCAGUUAAAUAAUAAAGUGAAGUAGAUUUGAAGAAAAACAGAAAAACUUUUGAAAGCUUCUAAUUUUUCUGCCUUUUGAACAUAAUGCGAAAUGAAAAAUCUAAUUAGAACUCCAAUGGACAGUGCAGUUCAGAGUGAAGGUUCUUCAUCCGAGUAUCAACCAGGACGAUUUCGUCGAAGAGUUAGCUUGUGAAAUCUUGACGCAUCAGAUGGUUUUGACUGAGCUCAACUAUACCAAUCGAGAGCACGAGGUUCUACUCGCGUCUUAGCAAAUGAUAACCUUUUCAGUUGGUUCACUGCUCUGAUAAAGAUUCUGAGACCACGGAAGAAGCCAUUUUGAGACGCGUUUCAUCCGAAAUCGACACAAACGUGGAGAAGCUCGUGCGGGCGUGCGCGAAAUAUGCUCUCGUGAUGGUUUUGUUGAGCAGCCCCACGAGUUCAAUUUUGUAUUUACGAAUCAAACCGUGA